UGCUCUAGGCAGCAUCGGAUCUGCAACAGCAUCUUGUCUUCGGAUUCCUGGUAUCCAUCCCGGCUUAUCGACGUUGGCGCAGAGGUACUUGGCCUUCCUCGCUUAGUAUGUACUGCCGAAGAAACGAUAUCCGGGCGUUAUGUUUCUCUCAGUCACUGCUGGGGUAAAUCCGAAUUUCUGCAGCUUACGGAAUCGAAUCUUGAAUGCUUCAAGAAGGGUAUACCCAUCGACGCUCUCUCUAAGACAUUCCAAGAUGCCAUCGAGGCUACUCGGUGCCUUGGAAUGCGUUAUAUCUGGAUUGACAGUCUAUGUAUCAUACAACAGCAGGAUUCAAAGGACGACUGGCUGCGGGAAUCUCCGCAAAUGGGAAUGAUAUAUUCGAAUUCAUAUUGCAACAUCGCUGCCACGGGCGCAUCUGACGGCAACGAUGGACUCUUUAAGCCUCGGUGCCCCCACACAGUCUUUCCCAGCGCAAUUCGAAAUCCCCACCGAGACUUCGAACUUCAUCUCACGCAUGAACACCACUGGGAAGCAGAGUUACUAGAUGCACCUUUGUUGGAAAGAGGGUGGGUUCUUCAGGAAAGAAUUUUAUCCCCACGCAUCCUGCAUUUUGGGCGUCGACAGCUUCUAUGGGAGUGCUGCGAGAGCGAAGCCAGCGAGCGCCUUCCGGAUCAACUACCAUCAUUACCUGUAGCACAUCAGUAUGCAGGGUACAAGAGCAGCCUAACCCUUCAUCCUGAUGGAGGGCAAGGGCUUCCGUCCACUGAAAAUGACCCUUUCGCUCGAGCCUCCAUCCACGCACUUUGGAACCGACUGGUGAGCGCCUAUUCGCGGACUAACCUCACAUACCCAGAGGACAAAUUAAUCGCCAUUGCCGGCAUAGCAGCAAAGAUUCAGUCAGGCUUGAAAACGGACUAUCUGGCAGGUCUGUGGGGUGAUCGCCUUACCUCCCAGCUCUUAUGGCGUGUUGAACAGCCUUCUAGAAGAGAGCGGCCACGGUGCUACCGUGCGCCUUCCUUUUCCUGGGCCUCAGUUGACGGAACGAUA